UGACACGCAGCGCUGUGGAUCUGACGGCUGCUGCCUUCAUCUGAUAUCCAUGAGGUUUUGGACAGAGAUCCUGACGCUGAAUUUAUUUCUGGGGACUGUUUUUUUUUUUUUUACAUACAUGCAUGUAGUAAGUGCUAAUAUUAUCAGAGGACGCGGUCUGAUCCGUGUUAUGACGCGGAGGAGGGCGCGCAGCUGAACGCGUGGACAGAGCGCGCAGUUCCAGAGGAGGUGAAGGAGGCACCUUGCAUCCAGACAUGGGGGGCCAGGUCACCAGGAAUACUUUGUACGAUUCUCUGAACGGACCGUUUCCUUCAACAUCCCAUCGAUGCCACCACAAGUCCAAACGCUGCCUGCCCGUCCAGCCAUGCGGGAAUCUGUCCUCCUUCCCUCUGCUCUUCCACCCCAGCACCAAGGGUUCCCAGAUCAUCAUGGACCUGGCCCAGAGAGCCGUCAAAAGACAGGCCAGCUUCUGCAAUGCCAUCACCUUCAGCAACAGGCCGAUCGCUAUUUACGAGCAAGUUCGACUAAAAAUAACUAAGAAGCAGUGCUGCUGGAGCGGCGCACUACGCCUUGGUUUCACAAUUAAAGACCCAUCUAGGAUCAAUCCAGACACAUUGCCCAAGUAUGCCUGCCCCGACCUGGUCUGCCAGAGUGGCUUCUGGGCAAAAGCCCUUCCAGAGGAACUUUCCAGUGAAGGCAACGUCAUCUCUUUUUGGGUGGAUAAGAAGGGCAGAGUGUUUUACCGAAUCAACAACUCCCGCCCCAUGCUCUUCUUCAGCGGCGUACGUGUUGCCGAACCUCUCUGGGCUCUUAUAGACGUCUACGGCCUUACCAGAGGAGUCCAGCUGCUAGACAGUGAAAUGGUUCCCCUGGACUGCUUACGUCCUCGAUCCUUCGCCACCACCCACCGGGCCUCAAUACGGCGGAACAGUCACGACCCUCGCCUCUCCAUCAGCCUCUGUGACCUGAGCCUGCAGCAGCAGGAGAUGCAUCUAGACGAGGACGACGAGGAAGAGGAACGGCUGCAGCCCUUGAGCUCCACCUCUUGUCAUGUGCCCCAGAACUCUCAGAACUCCCAGCAGAGCUCACUGCUGCCCAGCUACUUGGACUCAGAUCUGCAGUUUCACGCAGUGCAUGGCCUCCAUGUUACCACGCUGGAUAAGCACAACGUGACGCGGCUGGAUCACCGUGGUGACGAGCGGACCCUGGUGUUUACCAGCCGUCCGAUGCACUGCUCAGAGACCGUCUUUGUGAAAGUUAAAGCAGGAGCCGCCCGGGCCGGGUCACUAUCUUAUGGAGUGACGUCAUGUGACCCAGCCACAUUGAGGCCAAGUGACCUCCCAUCUAAUCCUGAGUCCCUGGUUGACCGCAAGGAAUUCUGGGCCAUGUGUAGGCUGGCAUUGCCACUCCACAGUGGAGAUAUUUUGGGCUUUGUGGUAAAUGCAGAAGGAGAGUUUAUGAUGAGCCAUAAUGGAAACAGGGCUGGACUGCAGCUAUGCAUCGAUAACUCCAGGCCUCUCUGGAUGUUCUUUGGCCUGCAUGGCACCAUCACACAACUCAGGAUUUUAGGAUCGUCUUUGCAUCCAGAGCAACGAGGCCCAUCAGUGCCCAGCUCACCAUCAUGUACCCCCACCACCCCAACAAUCCUUAACAUCAGCAGCUCGGAGUCCAACCUCAACAACCCUCUGAACAUUAAUCUCAAUUCAAGCCUUAACUCCAACUACAGCACACUAUUCACAUCCUCCACAGGUACAACCCCGAGCUCUCCGUUUUCAAGCCAUCCAGAAUCCCCUACCUUCCCGCCUUGUUCCAGCCCGUGGAGUGACGAAUGCACCAUUUGCUAUGAGAACAUGGUGGACACCGUCCUCUACGCCUGUGGACACAUGUGUCUCUGUUACACGUGUGGUCUAAAGCUCAAGAAGAUGUCUAAUGCGUGCUGCCCCAUCUGCAGGAGGACAAUCAAAGACAUCAUCAAGACCUACAGAAGCACGUAGGCUUGUGCUGGAGGACAUUAAGCUCAGCUUGAGACAUGAUCGAAACCAUGACAGACUUUAAAGAUAGAGCACAAGUGUGUGUUUGUGUAUGUGUGAUCAGGCUCAGGUACUCAAAGCCAGGACUUGUUAUAAAUGGCUAAUGUGUCACCAUUUUAAAUAACGUGGAUCAACAGAAGUAAAAUCUGUGCUGCUGCAAAGACAAGGCGACCGCACACCUUUGAGCCACUUGUGCUGAAGAGAAAGAGCUAUCUGAAGAGCCAUAUGCCCCACUUCCUGCGGAGCAACCCCUCAUUCCUGCCAGUGAUAGCACCAUCCAAGUAAAGUAAGAUUGUCCAGAGCUGUGGAAAAUAACAAACGGCAUCAAUCUGCGGCUUCGCCAGCUGCUCCUACACUGCUUGUCAGGAAGCAUUGAGUCAGAGUGCUGUGUGAGAGGGAGAAUCAAUUCUCGCCUAAAUCUGAGAGAAAAUCAAAGAGAAGAGAGUUUUAUUUGAGGUUUUCAGAAGGCAUCUAGAUAUCAGAGAAAAAUAAGUGAGAGAGACUGAGAGAGGUUUUGGGUCAGCAAUAUUAUAGGAUAAAGCCUAAACCAUGGAGAUACAAAAUAUUUCAGAUAACUGAAGUGUUUUCCCUGCACAUGUCUGCAUCUGCAAUUCUUCAAACUUCAGGUAAAGUGGCACCAAUAAAUUAAAAGUGAAUGAUUUCACUGCUGAAGGACACGUUUGUGGCGAUGGAUCAGUGACGCCGGCGCUAAAGCAGAAAGAUGAUUCACAUUUGAGAUGGAAACAAGAAGGGGGGCGGGGGGGAUGUGUAGCGGCGUGUGCCUGUCAUGGUGUUUAUUCAUGCAGAUGUUUUGUUUAAUGGCAGCCGCGUCCACCUUCUCCGGCUGCUCGCUAAAACUGUUGGAUUGCAUAAAAGUGAUUAGAUUUUUUUAAUG